GUACGCGCAAUCGCUAUCUGUUUCUUCUUGCGAGCGACAAUGUCGAAGCUCGACCAUCUCAGUCGAAUAAUCUACCACGAAAAACAGCAGCCGGGCUCAAUGCUUUGUGCUCAACACGCUCUCAACAAUCUGCUUCAAGGGAACUACUUUACUGCACCGGACCUCUCAGAAAUUGCUCGAAAUCUAGAUAGCUUGGAGCAGAGUUACGAUGAGGACAGGGGAGCAAGUAGCAGUAAUAUGGACGAUACCGGAUAUUUCUCCGUUCAAGUUCUAGAGAAUGCGCUGUCGGUGUGGGGUUUGAGCCUUGUACGAUGGAGAGGAGAGCAAAUGCGUCCCUAUCAAGAGCAUCCACAUACCCAACAGGCAUUUAUAUUGAACUAUCAGGAGCAUUGGUAUACCCUUCGUCGCUUUGGACUCGAAAACGAUGAAGGCGGACAUUGGUUCGAUUUGAAUUCUCUCCUUCCCGCACCUAAAUGGGUCGGCCGCCUUUACUUGGGGAUGGUUUUGCAACAGGCAGAAGCUGAAGGUUAUUCUGUGUUUGUAAUAACACAUCUAAACACUUCGAACAGUUUACCGCGUACAGACGUAGAUCAACUCGCCGCUACUAUACCCGAAGACAGUCUGCAAGACCCCUUAGAUUCCCAACGACGAGAGGCAGCUUAUGCGGAGGGUCUAGAAGAUGAAGAUUGGGAGCUCCAAGCAGCACUUCAUGCAUCAUUAGGAGGAGCCGUAGCAGAAGCUCCAACCCAACCCCCUCGGCUUCUGAGAAGACCCAUACCUUUACCAGAAUCUGGUCCGCCUUCCGGUACCGGAUCUGGAGCUCUUACUCCGGCGACACAGUCGACCUCACUCUUACCGUCAGUCCCGAGUGAAGAUGACGACACUUCCCAGUUAGCUGCUGCCAGCCGAGAACGCGGUCGCAGGAUGUUGGAGCAGAUGACGGCCGAGCAACACCAAGCACAACAAGAUCUAUGGCGAGAAGGUAACAGACCGGUCCGAAGAAGCGAAGACCACGAAUAUGAAGAGAUGCUGAGGCGCGCCAUUGCAGAGAGCGAGGCACUUGCAAAGACCGAAGGACAUCUUGGUUGUGAAAGCAGCAACGACGGAAGUGACAUAGACGUGGACGACUCUUCACUUACACCUCACACUCCCCGAAUCGCCCCAGUACAACAAGAGCGUGUGUACGAUGAUGAUGAUGCGGAACUGCAAGCAGCCUUGAGGGCGUCUCUGGAGCAGAUGCCACCCGGUUGGGUUCCUCCUGGAGAGUCUGCUUCGGUGCCAUCUUCUUCCACCACGCAGCCGCCGUCCUGUGGUUCCGCCGUCUUAACGACCGAACCAGACGACACCAUUGAUGAAUUAUCAGAGUACGAACCUGAACAACCUUCAUCUGACCAACCUGCCCAAGAAGUGGAUCAGGAGGAGAUCAGGAGGCGAAGAUUGGCUAGGUUUGGUGGCUGAAGAAACUUUACACGAAUACCAAUAAUCGUAUCACAGUACAAAUUGUGUAACGUUACAAUCAAUUUUUAAGUCUGGAUGAUCCGUUACCGCUG